CUUGUGCGUUUGCUGUGAAAUAUCUGGGCGAAACAUUUUGUUAUUGUUUUUGCAUUUUUUCUAUCUGACAGUUUGCCUGCGCCGCACAUGUGUAUGUGCUGUUUUUGCACGAUUUGUCUUUGCAUUUUUUUGCCUGCGUUUUGUUUUUGUUAUGCGGGCGUUGAAAGCGCCAUCCAUGUGCUCUGCCGAUUUCGCUACCCCAAAAGAAGAGCAGUCGUGUUUGGUUUUUGGCGGUGUUUUAACGUGUGUGCAGAACGUUUAUCGUGGCUUUGGUGUUAAUUUUUUUUACUUUCUUGAAUAAAAUUGUGAUUAAAAGACGCCAAAAAUGUCAGAAUAAGUGUUUAAUAACUAAAUUGUAAUUCAGUGCCAAGCGUUGUGCAAUAAAUAUUUAAAGUCACUGACAUUUAUUGAACUUUACAAGUGAAAUCUGCCACAUUGACAAGUCAUCGUCGUCAUCGGCGCCGUCGUUCGCAGCAUAAACUUCAAGGUGAACGACAACAAAAACAGCAAAAGCGCACUUGAAGAGCAGAGGCAAAGGACGAAGAACGUCAACGCACUCCGGCGCACCAAACAGUCGCUCAUUGGUGGAGGUCUACGGCAACAUAUGUUGCAGAAACGACAACAAAGCAUAAACAGGCGAAGGCGAAGAAGAAGCAGGGGAUUUGAAUGAAAGAAAGAGCUGCGGCAAUUGUAUGCGAAUCAAGGGUCGUGCAACAGCCAAACAAAAACAAUAUACCUAUUUAAAGACUCAAAUAUACGAUUGCAUACGAUUACAUAAAGACUAACAACAAUAACAGCAGCAAUCAGCGCAGACGAUGGCUAAGACAAGAAUAAAAACAACACCGACGCGCUUGCAGAAGGAUGCGUUAAUGGCAUCAGCCGGCACCGUCACUGCCGCCGCAGCCAUAACAAAGCCAGUGCUAACGACGUACCAGACUGCUGCAUCGACAGAUGAUGUCAAGAAACGCCUACGUAACUCAGCGCUCCUGCCCAAGCCUAUGCAAAGCGGUACCUCGACGAUCAUUGUUACAGCACCGAAACGUACAAAUUCCAUUUCAUCUAUCGCCUCAUCAAUUUCGCAGAUCAGCGAUGCACACUCCGACACCGAAUCACCUCCACCACCCUCCGUGGCAUCCACUACAACAACAAAAUCAACAAAGUCUCUACUCACUACAAACACAACCUCACAAGCGCCGCGCACGCUCAACAGUUUGCUGUGCAAACCCACGCCCACACACUCAGCGCCGCGCAAUCGCAAAGUAUUUAUGAUUACCGAAAAGUCCGAUGAACCGCACGGUGCCGAAACGUCCAGCACAGCGACGGCUGGAGCGACGACCGGCCAGAAGCGGAAGAUGUACUUGAUUAUGGAGGAGAACAGUUGCGCCGAGGAUGGCGAGGAGGAUGAAGGUGACGAUGCUUUAACAAAAGAUGCACAUAAGUAUUUAAAACGAGAAAAUGGUCUGAUUGUAGGUGCGGGCGGUUCGAAAAAGUUAACGCUUUUUGCGGACAAAGCGGACAGCGGCACGCUGACGGAGAAGUUCGAAAAGAUACUGCCGGAAAUACUGAAUCGCAUACAGGCCAAAGACACGAGUGGCGCCGCACCAGUAUUGGCGCCACUAACAGCGACGUCAACGCCGGCGCCGGCGCCGACGCCGACGGUGACCUCAAAACUGCUGAACGGCAGCACCAAUCUCAAUGUCAUUAAGUCUGAGCCAAUGCAACACCAACAACAGCAACAGUCGCAUUUUCAACUGAAACAAGAGCACAACAACAAAGCGCCGACCGAGGCGAACAAUGAAAGACUACCAAUUACACUGCCACCAAAAAAGAAUCGUACAAAAAUCAUUACAACUCACCUACAAAACGCAGCCUACAAUGGCGCACAUUUCACCGACAACGCGAAUAGCGUUUGGGGCAACUACAACAACAACAGCAGCGGCAGCAACAACCAUAAUAAUAACAGCAGUCAGAAAAUUGGCGCACAGUGUCAUAUUAAGCAGAUCUCUGCCGCGACGCCGGUCAUUGUGUCGGCGGUUACGAUGAAUGCACGCCACAACAACAACAGCAACAAUAACAGUCAUGCUAAUAACACGACAAGCGAGAUCAAACGCUUUGCACCUAAGCAGAGCAACAACAUUAGCACAACAAACAACACGAAUAUUAGAUACGCGAGCAAUUGUAACGGUCAAGCCGUCACAUCCAUGGCCCAAGUGGAAUUGGUGCCGCAGAAGAACAUUAACCUCUCCACCGAUUUCCAUUUCCUCAUCAAAAUGCUGCCGAAGCUGGAGAGCAUACCCGAACCACACAAGAACAAUGUGAAGAAUUGCAUCGAGAAGAUAAUCACACAAAACGCGAACAUAUUUGCCAAGCAGUAGCAGACCUACUUCGAAAAAUCGGAAAUAGUCGAUUUCGAUUUCGAAUAUUGCUGCAUUUCAUCACGUGAACAUUUUCAGCUAGUUAGUCAAUAGUAUUUACUUAUAAGCAAAGUAAAAGAAUGAUUUUUUCUUAUUUUUGCUAAAACUUUGCAUUAAUUUUAUGUAAGCCAGCGCACUUUUCCAGAAGUCAUCGCCUUUUUUAUAAACGAAUGUCGGGCAUUCGCUAAAAUUUCGUAGUUUUCGUAAAGCCGUAGUUCGUAAGUCUUUUGCAUAAGUAUUUGAAGUGUAUUUUAAUUAAGUUUUGCAUAUCAAAUGCUGUUAUACAUACAUACAUAUAUAUUUUUAGAUAAGUGCAUUUUCAUAUACACUCAUACGAACGCGUAUGUGUGUGUUUUAUGCUUUUUUCAAAGACAUAGACUGACGGCGGUAAGGCUGCAAAUUAUAUUUAGCUAUAUACUUCAAGUAAAUUUAGUACGAAAAUUAAAAAAAAAACAUGUAUUACAUACAUAUAUACAUAUUGUGAAAUACAUAUAACUCGAAAUUAAAUUUCUCGAAAAACAUACAAAUAUACAUAUACGAGUAUUUGAAUAACUGUAAGUGAAUGAAUCAUUCUAUUUUCUUAAUUGGUAACUUAAAUACAUACAUACGAAUAAAUUACAACAAAAAACUGA